AUGGGAAAUUGUAUGGCUUGCCACUCUCAACCAAAGACGCAUAGCAGAUAUCCUCUAAUUGAAGGAAAAGAAUCAGAGGUUGAUACCCCAGUGGCAGUUGAACAAUCUGCUUCUAAUAAGCGUUACAUCGUGGUGCGUACGAAGCUGCAGCAUGGGGAGGUUUACCAGCUUGCACCAAUCAUGUUGCAAUCUGAUAAGCCUUUGGUACCUUGUAGGACAACUAACAACAGAAAGUUGAAGACUAGGAGUGUGAAGAUUGUGGUGACUGCAGAAGAAUUAGAAUUGCUAUUACGCGGAUCAAACAAGUUCCAAAUCCAACAUAGAGUUGCCCGUGUCAGGCGAAGUUAUGGGUUGAGAGGGUGCCAAAAAUGGUUUCCUUCUUUGCCAACCAUUCAAGAGGUGCAUAACUAUUAA